AUCAGAGGUCGUCUCUCUCCCAAGUAAUUUUCAUUUUGAAUAUGUAAAUUUCUAGUUAGCGCCUCAGAACUUAUCUUUCAUGGUCUUUUGGCACGGAGCCAGGGUUUCCCGGUCAUGGUCUAAUUCAAAAUUUUCCGUUUCUGAGAUACACAUGAGGCGCUGUUUAUUAUCCACAAGGAUACACUCGAACCGCAGCUAUGGCAGCGUAAAGAUGGAUUAUACGCUGUACGAGAUGCCGCACAGUCAACUGAAUUCGCCGCCCAUAUUGCUUAUGCAUGGCUUGAAUCUCUCCCGUUCCAGUUGGCGUCGCACAGCGCGACAUUUGGUGAAGCAGGGCUCACGCUUGAUGAUCUCCGUGGAUGCCCGGAAUCACGGCCGAAGUCCGCAUAGUGCGGGCCAUACGCCCGCCCACAUGGCUGCCGAUGUGGAGGCCUUUAUGGCGGAUCAUAAGCUAAAUCGGAUUGUUGCCUUGGGUCACAGCAUGGGCGGACGGGCAUUGAUGACGCUGGCGCUGACCAAGCCCGAGCUGGUGGAGCGUGCCAUUAUUGUGGACAUAACGCCGGGACCGCUGCCUGACGAUGUGGUCAAAGCGUUGGAGUUGUUUAAGGUUAUGGUGAGCGUGGUGUCGACAAUACCCAAAGAUUUUUCUCUCUCGGAGGGUCGCAAGCACAUAAUACCCGAGUUCAGAAAGCUGGUCAAAAGCGAUCACGAUUUGUUGCUGAUCAUUCAGAAUCUGCGAAAGCUCGACGAUGGCAGCUUUGGCUGGAGUGUGAAUGCCCAGGCGAUCAUAGACGGCUGGGAUGCAACAAUGGUCAACUAUGAGCAGACGCUGCAGGGUCUGCAUCCCUAUCAGGGUGAGACCCUGCUAAUUGCUGCGAGUAAUGAAUCGUUUGUAACGCCAGCAAAUGUUGAGACAAUGAGAAAAUUUUUUCCAAAACUGCAUGUCGAGUAUUUAGAUGCCGAGCAUAAAGUGCAUAUAGAUCAGCCCGACAAGUUUGUUAAGCUGGUUGUCGACUUCACCAAAUCCUGCACAGCUUGUCCCCUGUAAGAAAUGAAAAAAACAAACUCCAAUUGGUUAUCCUCAAAGAAAACGAAACAAAAGUGAAUACAAGAAAAUGCACUUAGCUCCCUAGGAUAGAAAUUGGAAAGGCGGACCGUUAUCGUAUUCCUAUAAUAAUUAAUCGUUUUAUUUAGUUUUCGCUCUCCUUGUAAACUAUCGAUACAUUUCGAAAAGAUUUAAAUAGAUAUCCAUUCCUAUAA